AUGGCAUCGGUUACGUCUCUAGACAAGGACCUGCGCAAUAUGCGACUGUCAAAAUAUACUCCUCAGGCUGCUAAUGAGGUCCGAGACUGGAUUGAAGAGACGCUGCAGGAGAAGCUGCCGAAUGGCGACCUCCUAGAAGCCCUGCGCGACGGAGUGGCAUUAUGCAGAUUGGUAAACCUCGCUGUUGGCCCUCCCGGGGUCAAGUUCAAGCAGUCGAGCAUGCCGUUCGUUCAGAUGGAGAAUAUAUCCCAUUUCCUACACGCCUGUCAGAAGGCUCCUCUAAGUUUACCACCUCACGAUGUUUUCCUGACGGUCGACCUCUACGAGUCAAAGGACCCUGCUCAGGUUCUACAGUGUCUUGGAGCGUUCAGUCGCAAAGCAUACACUCUUCAGCCAAGCAGAUUCCCACGGGCCAUUGGGAAAAGUAAGGCCGGCGCACUGAGCCCUCAGAUGAGUGGAUCUAGUCAGGGUGGACGAUUUGGUGCGCCAUACUCUCGAUCCCGUGGCCAGAGCAAUGUCAGUGAUGUAGGACGGGCCAGUCCAACUCUCCCAUCCGGCCGAAGCAGUACCGCUUCACCGCCAACAAAGACCAGCGCAUGGAGCAACAAGGCCGAUGAGGCCAACACAGCACCGGCUUGGAACAUUCACCAGUAUGGCUACAUAGGCGGUGCAAGCCAAGGGAACCUCGGUGUAACAUUUGGUGCGCGACGGCAGAUCACCACUGCUAGCCCCUCAGUGCCCAGCCUUGCUGAGAAGGAGAAACGACGGAGAGAAGAAGAAGAACUGGCUAAGCGAGAAGCAGAGGAAGCGGAGCAGCAGCGGGCAGCGCAGGAAGCUGAAGAACAACGCGCAAAAGAAGAAGAACAGCUACGUUGGGAAGAGGAAGAGAAGAAAUUAAGAGAACAGGAACGGCAGAAGGUCGACGAGGAGAAGAGACGAUGGCAUGAGGAACAGCGUAGGUGGGAGCAGGAAGAGGCUCGCCAGCAGCAAGAGGAAAAAGAGCUAGAAGAUAGGCUGGAAAAGGAUAGGCUUCACAAGCGGGAGGCUGCGGAUGCCAGGCUGAACGGGCAGUUUCUGAGCCAAUACCAAACUUCCCAGAAACCCACCCGGGGGAUAGCAUCUCCAUUGCUAGAGCAAAAGGCUGCUGCUUCUAGUGAAAGUGAACGUAUCAAGGCACUGGAGCGUGAGCUGGAGAGAGCAAAAGAAAGAGAGAAGCAGUACGAGCUUGAACGUCAAGAGCUGGUUGCUUUACGCGGGUCUCCCCAGCCAGAUGCCCGUCCCCAAGUUCGUUCGCCAAAACCAGACGGAAGCAGGCCAAAUCAAACUCCGCAGAAACCCAGCUAUGAUCUAGCCUCUCAAGAACAGGAGCGUCGAUUGCUUAGGGGUGAAUGGAAUGUACGCAACAAGGAGCAAAGACCAACAACUCCAACUGCUCCUUCACUACCACCUCGAGACCUCCCUACUCCUCCUGCAAUGCCGCCCAGGAAUACUGAUCCGCCAACAUCACCUCGCCCCCUUCCAGAUCCUACCAACUAUGCCAACAAGAAUCAGAAUCGCACAGAUCGGUUCUUGCAAGAAAACCCUGCCCCUGUCCCUAGAAAGCCGGUCGCUUUCCGACCGCCGGAAUUCUCAUCCACAGCUGAAAGGGACGAGGAAGACCGACGACGUGUUGAGUCUACUCAAAAGACUCGAGCUGGCGGAUGGGCUUCAAAGUCAUUGCUUGAGAGGGAGAUGGAACGCGAGCGUGAACGGCAGCGUGAAUGGGAGGAGAACCAGGCCCAGACGAAAGACGCCGUCAACAGAGGCGUGAAGACCGCUGGUACCGGGCCAGGUGAGGGAGGAUGGGACGUACAUCAGUACGGAUAUAUGGGAGGCGAUAACCAGAAUAAUGCAGCGCCAGGAAUCGGGUUCGGCGCUCGACGACAGAUCAUUGGUCCUCGUCCACCACGAUAA